AUGUCAUUUUGGUUGAUUAAUUUGGAAUCAGACAUAAUGUUAGGUUUCUUACCAUAAUCCCCAAAACUCUCAAUUGUUGUUGGUGUCAUCUUUUGGAUAAUAAACAUACUCACUAUAAUAGUUGAAGAAUCUUAUAUAAUUGAUAAUGACAAAUAGGGAAUAUUUUGUUAUGAAACAUUAGCAGCAGUAUUUGUUGUCUAUGGGAUUUUAGGGUUGAGUUAAUAUUUUAUUGUUCAAGUAAACUAUUUUAAUGAUGAAUAUAGAAAAGAAUACGUGAUUCCUCUGUCUAAAUAGCACCAGAAGAAUAAUUGACUCCUUAAAAAACUGGUUAAUCUACAAUGAAAUCUCCUUUGAGAACUGUUAUCACUUAAAAUUCUCAUAGAAAAUAAUCUCGGCUUUUACCAUUAGCUACUAAUUUUUAGAAACGUUAUUAUAAAGGCUUGUUGUUAUUUAUUACAAUCUUUGUCAUUCAUUCCUUAUUAUUUAUUCAUCAAACUACUGCACUUAUUACCUUCAAAGCUGCUCUAUCAUUACAUAUAAUAUUACUCACUUAAUUAUUUUCAUCUGUACUUAUUAAUUUUUUUACCAUUAUAUCUGUAGGUAACUUGCUGAUAAAUUUAUACUCGAUGAAUGUUUUUGUCAAAUAUUAUGGAAAUAAUACAUUCUAUUCAGCCUUUAUGAAUUAUCUGACCAAUACAACAGAAAUAUAUAUAUUUUCAUUAAAUUUGGCUCUGAUUAUGUCUUCAAUUAUAGGAUUACUAUUUGUUAACGAUUUAGUUAGUUAAAUUUUAUUCUACUUUUAUCUCUCCAUUUUUGGAGUAGCCUUUUUAAUCAAAGUUUAUCAAAAAGUAAAGGGUGAAUGA